GAAACAAGCAGAUAUACUUGAAGGGUUGUUCUUCAUUCUACUCUUAUCCACUCUAUCCCAUAUAUGUAAGGACCAACAUAUAACACCCUUUUCAUUUAACCAUUUUUUUUUCUGGUUCAAAACCAUGGCUGAAGCUAUCAUUGCUUUCAAUGUUUUCAACUCACAUAUUCAUAGCUCAUGUCUUCAGACAAAAAGAUUUGUAGUCAACUCAUCUUCAAGAUUGCCUAAGCUUCCUUCAAAUUCUACACCUUUUCACAAGUCAUGUCAGGUGUUAGAUGGCAAGAGAAAAAGAGGAUCUUUGUGUAAAGUAAAUGGAUUACCAGAUAUUCCAUUGAUGGCAAUUCUAGUAGAACAUAUGGAAGGACAGAGAGAUCUUAUAACUGAGAAAACAAUUUGGCAUCUUAGUGAUCGACAAAUAAAAAAUGUUUACGCUUGGUACACAUUGUUCACUGUUUGGGGAGUCUUGUUUUUUGGUUCUAUGAAGGACCCCUAUUAUGAUUCAGAAACAUAUAGAGGAGAUGGUGGAGAUGGCACUGGAAACUGGACCUAUGAGAAGCAAGAGGUAAUGGAAGCAGAGGCAAGAGAAGCUCUAUGGCGAGAGGAGUUGAUUGAGGAAAUUGAACAAAAAGUUGGAGGGUUGAAAGAAAUUGAAGAAGCAGCAAAGAAAGAGGAAGAACUUGUUAAAUGAUUUAUCAGUAAAAAUGCAUGUCUUUGAUUCCAUCCAUUAAGUCAUUAUUAUGUAUAUAACUAGAUCACAGGAGUAAAUUUUUAUGCUUCAAA